GGAAACAAACCAGGCCGCUCAGCUGUAAUAGAGCAAAGUAUGGAGAAAUACGAGAAGGUUUUGUGUUUGGGCCGAGGAGGAGCGGCUGAAGUGUUCCUGAUGAGACACACAGAGAGCAAAAGGCUGCACGCAGUGAAGAGGGUAAAGGUCGAGGACUCGGGGAAAACCAAAACACAGAGGGCAAUUCUCCAGGAAGCAGAGAUCAUACGGACGUUGGAGAACCCUCACAUCGUGAAAUGCAGCGAUGUCUUUGUGAACUGCAGCGAUGGGUUCAUUUACAUCGUAAUGAACUACUGCGAUGGCGGAACGUUAGAUGACAAAGUUAAAGAGAGGAGACCAACUGAGUAUUUUGCAGAGAAAACCGUAAUGGGUUGGUUUGUACAGGUUACCGUAGCUGUGGAUUACAUACACAGGUCUAAAGUACUUCAUAGAGACAUAAAACCCUCCAAUGUGCUUCUCACAAAGGACGGGGUGGUGAAGUUAGGAGACUUUGGGAUAUCCAGAGUAUUAACCAGCACGACUGACAUGGCUUCCACGUGUGUUGGAACACCCAGCUACCUCAGCCCAGAGCUUUGCCAGGACGACCCAUACAGCUCGAAAUCGGACAUUUGGGCUCUCGGCUGUCUGCUCUACGAGAUCUGCACACUUCAACCUGCUUUUUCAGCCUCAAACCUUGUGAGUCUGUUCUACAAGAUCACCAAAGGGAAGUACAAUCCUGUGCCGAGCACUUUCUCAGAGAACAUUUCCUCUUUGAUCCAGCAAAUGCUCUGUUUGGACCCUGAAAUCAGGCCAAGUGCCGUUUGUAUACUUGACACUGCCUAUGUGCAAGAUCAUCUACUGUGCUUGAAAAACAAAGACUUUGGAGAGAGGUGUGAUAUGAUUAUGGAGGGAAAAGACACAGACAUCGAUGCAGAAGCAUGGCUGGGUGGUGACAGUCGCUUGCACUCAUGCAGAGAGAGAGAAGACCAAACAGGGACUAGUUCCAGUGAGGAAGAUGAAGAAGAUGCUUCAAGUGUUGGUGAGCAGAGUGGAUGUGACUGCCACUAUCCUGAAGACUUUGAUGAAAAGGAAUCUUUAUCUUCUCUCGAGGAGCAUGGUGAGACAGGGGAAUGCUCCACAUCUGCGGGAUCACGGAGGAACGUAUCUGAUGAGCCUAUCGACACUCCCGAAGAGCAAGUGGAGUAUCCAGAUGACUUUGAGGAAGAUGAUGAGGAAGAUUAUGAAGAUACAGCAGCCUCAGUUCACGUGACUGCUGUUCAACAUCCGCAAGAAAUAAACGAUGAUGCACUGGAGGAGGAAUUCCAGCUCUGUGAUGCUGGAGGAAUGACAGUCACACUAAAAGCCUUGAGGAAUGAUCGAGGGGAAAACAGCGUAUCACAAUGAACUGAGUGAAAUAACAACAUGUCAAUAAUUGGAAGUGUGGAACAUCAGUCCCUUUUCUUUUUAUAGUGUUUUUAUUCACUUGUCAAAAGUUCUUGACCUCACAAAGAAACAAAAGUAUAUGGAGGAUCAAGAUGUGACCUUCUUCAGUACAGGAACACUGAACCUUGAACAUCUUUUGACCAAGUGCACUGGAGAUAAGGCAGGCUGUGUUGAAGAAUAACACAAGAACAAUCUGUCUUCUGUGAUGUUUUCUGGAUGAGGCAUUUUGAAGCACCCUCAUAGAUGAAUGAGAAUGGACACAUGGGGGAUAGACCAAAAAAAA